AUGACGGUAGAAGUGUGGAUGGUGACGUUCACGCUGACAAUAACGAGGACAACGAUUGUGGCGGUGAUGACACUGAUUACAGAAGCGGCUAGCGUUAUGAAUGAUAUGGCAGCAUACGGACUGGAGGACUGGCGCGCCGCCUUCUGUUGUCCUUCUGGGGACGCUAAAACCGAAAAUGUGAGCCAAUUACUGGAUCACAUAAUGCAAAAUCUGGAAAGGCGGACGUAA